AUCGUUCAUAUACAGUAUAUCCAUAAAUGGAUAUUCGGUUUUGAAAAGCUCCUCCGUCAGAAGUCCGAGUCGGACACAACUGCGACAAUCGAUGAGGGCUUUACAAGGUAUGCUCUAGCUCUUGACCACUCUGUGGGACUUCACCACUCGUAGAACUGAAUGAAAGGAGUACCAAAUGAAAUGCAAAGCUUCUCAUUAAAUCAUGUGCUCAAGUAGCAUGUAUUCACCUGUAUGAUCCUAUAGAUUAGGCUGACAAUUUGCGUGUCCUGUUUCAAACUAGACUCUCCUGUGACAUACCACCGAAUAGCGCUGACCGACGGAAGUCAAUACGGUCUAAGGAUGGUCAGCCUCUUGCGUGCCCUAGUAUAUGGUGAGGAUGGCUGGCACUAUAUCUAUGUGCCUUUUUCUCCUUCACCCCAUUCGACGACGCUUCGCAAGUCUGAGCAAUGGCCUUCUUCACAAAGAUCAAGAUUCUCCUUCGCCGCAAUCGCCCUUCUAUAGCACAUCCUCACGGUGCUCGUCACAUAUCGUCACAUCCCUGCGCGGAUCCACCACUUAUCGAAGCAAGUUGCGCUAUCAAGCCUCCACAGAACACCUCAGUGGAGGCAUCCAGAGCCUCAUCGCUACUCACUCUCGCCAAAGCGGCUCGAGGGCAGGAUGCGGAACUUGUAUAUCCUCGACUAUUCUUCUGCGAGAUAAUCCUUCGCACAAUUCGUGUCCAGCGGCCGCUGACGAUAGGAGUCUUGGCCAGUUUCGUAGCAGGCAUGAUGUCAGAUGGGAUCUCCGUUCGUGAUCUCAAUCGUCUCCUCAAUAUUGACUGUGGAGAAUACGUGUCUGGAGCUCUGUCUCUUGAUGUCGCAUUUCCCUCACGCGUUAUCAGCGUGGUGCGGACAGCCAUCUCUUCUGAAACGCAAGAGGAAGAAUUUGCGACAAUCGAGCUCUCAUUCAUCGACACCUUGAGCCCUGACAACAUUUCUAGUGCCUCGAGCCCUUCUCCAUCUGCCUUUAUCACCGACGAAUCUACUCUCGUAUCAUCAACUACCAUCUCUCCUAAGUAUUCUUCAUUUCAAGCCUUCGAUUCAUUAUAUUCCCUUUCCGCACUCCCGUCGUUCCCGGACGAUACAUAUCCUACUUUCCCUCUCCCUGUUACAGCCUCAUCUUCGGAGGAAACGCCAGCCUUCCCUCCAUCUGAUGGCCAACUCCAACUUCGAGACUUCGACAUAGUCCGUCCACUCGGGGCUGGCGGUUUCGGUACUGUCUAUCACGCACGUCUAAAGGCGACAGGUGGACACGUUGCUGUAAAGGUCAUGAAGAAGCGAGUAGGUUCUUCUCGCAACCAUCUUUCUCACUCGAGAACGGGAGAAGAUGUAUUUGGACCUGUACUUCGAAGUGAUGACCUGCAUACAUCUAUGGGCACUGCAAGUUUGAGGAAUUGCGCAGCGGGAUUGGACGAGUUGAUUGCGAUGAGGCGGUCGGAGGGAAUCAAGGAAGUCGUGGAAUUACUUGGGAGUUGGCACGAUAGCCAGAACUUCUAUCUAGUUAUGCCCUUCUGCCCGGGUGGAGAUCUGCAGUCCGUUCUCGACAAACGUGGCCAACUGCCUGUAGAGCAUGCUCGAUUCUGCAUUGCUGACAUUCUCAAUGGUCUCACCGCUCUUCACUCCCGUGGCAUCAUCCACAGAGACAUCAAGCCUGCCAAUAUCCUGGUCGGAUCAGAUGGCCGGAUAAAGAUAGCAGAUCUAGGUCUCGCUCGCUGCUUCGAAAACUAUGCUUGUGAGUUCGAGAAGUCAAUCCAUCCAACAUCUGGGGAACAGGAUGACUUGUGCAAUGACCUGUUCUCUGAAGUCACUGCGAAGGGGUGUGGAACUCCGGAGUAUGCUGCUCCUGAGCUUUAUCAUGGGCACCUGUACACGUAUGGCGUGGACAUUUGGGCUCUGGGUGUCAUGAGUUUCAAGAUGCUAUUCGGUCGUUCACCAUGGGAUAAGACGGACAUACAAUCUUUGGCAAAGAGUAUUAUGAGGGGGACUAUCAGUAUCGAGAAGUGGGAGCGAGCACUGUAUGGUGUUCCAGAAGAUGCAGAACUUUUCAUUCGACGAGCGCUGGACAUGGAUCCUGGUACGAGACCGACAGCGAUUCGUCUCAAAUCACAUCCAUUUUUCAAACCAUUCGAUUGGGAAGGCUUAGCAAACAAUACGUUGAUGGCACCAUGGAUUCCUGGUGCCUGCAAGCCUUUCCCUCAGGAAACAAUGUCUCCUAUCGACGUCGGUGUUCCUUUGAACACCGACGAUGACAUCGUUCCCUAUUUCAAUUACAUUUCUCCUCAACUCGCCAAUGCACCUUCCACUCUUCCUGUUCUUGAUUCUUCGUCUUCUUCCACUUCGCUGUCUGAUUACACCAACUGUCCGCCCUUACCGCCUCUCAUUGGAUACCCACUUGACUCUGUCCCGUCCUCGGCUUCCGGCAUUCACUUACCCAGUGUCCCUUAUUAUGGUGAAAUGGAAUUUCCUCAUGAAGGUUCUGGUCUUAAUAAGCCAGACAACGUUGAUGACUAUGUCACCAACCUCGCUCAUGAGGAAUCCAGAUCACUGUCCUUCUCUAUCCCGAACUGGACAACUCCGGUCGGACCUAUUGAGGGACCUCGUUCAGUUCCACAAGCCUCUUUGGACGUCAUGGACCUUGUUAAGAGGGAAGACUCUGGUUCUUUGCCAUUCCUACGCUACAGGAAUCCACAUCAAGAUAACUUCUUGUCGUCGCAUGGUCCAACCUGCACCGACGAUGACCCGCAUUCUACAUCCGACUCACUGCGCGAUGGAUUAAGUGCCCUCACAGAUGCAAUGUAUUUCAAUCCACCUACUCUUUGUUUCUCACCGUCCAGCAACGCAGAUACAUCUAACGACUUCUCCCCGCCGCCGAUUGAAGAAGAAUCUGCGACAUCACCUCAAGCUGAAUCCUAUCUUCCCCCCGAUGACACUCCAGACGUGACCUUAUGUAUGCUAUAUGAGGCCGCUGUUGUGUCUUUUCCUCCAAUGCAGAAGGAUCUCGUCAAGGAGUGUCAACCGCCCGUCCUUGAUGAAUUCAACCGAACUUCAGAUAUUACCCUGAAUGCACACGAGUACUUCCACAACGUCUACUUCUUCAGAGAUGUUGCUACCUCUCAGUGUUCAGGCUUCAUCACACAGCAAUCCAUCUCAUCAUCUUCAUUUCUCCCUCCCACUGUGACCAUCAUGGAACUCUCGUUGUCACCGACGAACAACGCUCCCUUCUACUGUUCUUCCCCGCAAGCCACUCUCCCAAUUUUGCCUUCAUGGGACCCAUUCUCCUUGGUCUCGAAACGACUCUCAAUAGUCACAGUUUUCUCUUGUAUCAAGAGGCUGGCUACAACCCUCUCCAAUCUGUGUCGCCGAUUUAUAAUACUCUCGUGAAUCUGUUCAUCUUUAAUUACCUUCUCUAUGGUUAUAACUAUGGUUCUAUGUCGCUUUUUUCUUUUCUUCUUUUCUUUUCUUUUCUUUUCUUUGCAUUAAACUGUGUAUUCCUGUUCGCAAGAUGAUUUAUCUAAUCUGUCUACCUUAUUGCCUUAUUGUUUAGUUCGAUAUCCGAUUUGUGGUCUCCUGCCUUAAUUACAUCUCAUCAUUAGCUUGGUAACUAAUCAUGUAUUGUAUUCAAUCUCUUAUUGCUAAUAUCUACCUUCCCGAAAACGUUCUUGUAUCAGUCCCAUUGCGAAUCGCAGUGCACCGCCCGCACAUAUGACUGUAACAACAUGAUAUACACUAGGUCAAGUUCCGAUAGGCAUACGCUACAAAUACAUCUCGAAGUGCGAU